AUGGCUUUCUUGAGUCAACUGCAGGGGAAAUUUCAAAAUUUGAAAGAAACUGCGCAAAAUUUUACGGAACAAGGAGCCCUCGGAGCACAUUUGCAAUCAAUAAAGGAGGGAGCUCCGAAGCUGUUGAAUCAAGCAAAAUCAGCGAAAGAUGAGCUGCUGAAUAAAGUGAAAUUGGAUAGCAUUGGAAAGGUUCUGCACGUCACUUCACUCGGUCGGAAUCAAUCUCCAAUCGAUAUCGUUCCGGUGAUCACCGCUUUUGGAGAGAAUCUACAAAAUGCUGAGUUCAGAGUCGAAUACCAUGAUCAUGGCGAAUUCAAAGCGAUCAACACUGGGGCAACGAUAAUGAUCGAACGCGAGGGAAAUGACUCAGAGUUGGCACUCUCGUUUUGGCCAGAGGAACAAUUCCAUUUGGAUGCGGUGAGUUGGCAUUGGGGAACCGAGCCGAUGAACGGAUCAGAGCAUACGAUUGGGGGUGUUGGAUAUGCGGGCGAAAUGCAUCUCAUUCACCGGAAUACCCGUUUCUCGACAAUGGAUUUGGCGCUGAAACAGCCGAAUGGAGUCGUCAUUGUCGCCAUUUUCUUGAAUGAAUCGCACGACGACAAUCCCGCGCUCAAUCCGUUCAUCGAGAUUCUCCCGAAGAUCGUCUACAAAGGAAACGAGACGAAAAUCUCACACUACAACUUCAAUCAACUUUUCCCGGCGCUGGAGAAAUGCAAAGAAUUCUGGGUUUAUGAUGGCUCGGAGACAGUGGAUCCAUUCAGAGAAACCGUAAAAUGGAUCGUCCUUCGAUCGGCACAACCGAUCUCGAGUAGACAGCUCGACAAACUUCGCGAGGUGAAAGGUGGUGGCUAUGAUGAGGAAAACGAACGGCAAAUGCAACCAAUCCGAUCCACACAACAGCACAAUAAUCGAACGAUUCUUUCCUCGUUCCGUUCGGCGGCCAGUCAGCCGAAUCUCGGCUUCAAUCAA